AUGGAUAGUAUCCAAAUAAUCCAGAUUAAUCUUAAGCACUCCAGGAGUGCAACAGACAACUUAAAGAUAAAUUUUGAACAGAACGACAAAUUCAAAGUAGCAUCUAUCCAGGAACCGUACACAGUACAGAACAAACUGUACGGAUUCCCCACAAAAUAUAGGAAGUUCUACUCUCAAACAGACGCAAAAACUGCAGUAGUUAUAGCGGACUCAAAUCUCCCAGUUCUGGAACUUUUCAGCUCUCCGGAGAUUAUAGCGCUUGCAAUAGGCAGUGACUUAAGAUUUAUACUAAUCACGGUAUAUUGUCCUCCAUCGCAAGACGCACCAAUCCUGACAACCCUAGAAAGGUUUAUGCAGGACAAUAACAACAUGACUACAAUAAUUACCGGAGAUUUCAAUGCCAAAAGUCUCCUAUGGGGCUCACAUAAUACGGACACACGAGGCCUCAAAGUAUGCGAAUUCAUUGCCAGCACUGGACUAUCGAUUGUCAACGAGAUAGGGGAUACGCCAACCUUCGCAGGAGUAAGUGGCAACAGCUGGAUUGACCUCACACUUAUCAUAAAAAGACUCAGAAUCCGGAUCGAUAAUUCGAAGGUAACGGACGAAGCAAACAAUAGCGAUCAUAAUAAUAUCUAUUUUGAUGUCUCCAGCAUUCAUUACCCAACAUGGAGAAGAUCGAAAAUCAAUGUACGACAUACCGACUGGCUAAGUUUCAAAAGGUAUGUCUCAAAAUCUCUAGCUGACCCUAGAAAUCUGACAACUAUCGAAGAAAUCGAUAAAUAUGUAAGAGAAGGUACCACUAGUCUUCACGAGAUCUAUCAAAGAACAGUUCUCUCACAUAACUCGAAACCAAAAUCGCGCAACUGUCCAUGGUGGACAAAAGAUCUCACUAUUCUCAGGGAAAAGGUUAGAGCAACAAGGAAAAGAUUCCAAAAAGCAACUGGAGAGGAAAGAACACAUAACAGGCUGCUUUACCAAAGGGUACGUGCAUAG